AUGGGGAUACGACUUGAAGAGACAGUCUGUGAGGGACGUUUAACUAAAGAAGUUGGUUCUUCCACUAAUGUUAAUAAGUUUGGAAGUGGGUUCAUUAAGAAAAAGGAACAGGAACAUCAACAGCCUCAACAACAGGCUCGCCCACAGUUCAACAACAACAAUCGUGUCCAAAGAACACCCCAUUUUGAUCCUAUUACAAUGUCAUAUGUAGAGUUGUUCCCGACUUUGUUAGCCAAAAAUCACAUUCAGACUCGAUCUCCACCCGAUGUCCCCAAAGAAAUCCCCUAUUGGUACAAAGCUGAUCAAUUUUGUGCGUACCAUCAAAGAGCGCCUGGUCACAGUAUAGAGAAUUGUUAUGGCUUAAAAUCCGAUGUUCAAAGGUUGAUUAAAGGUGGCAUUUUAUCCUUCAAAUAUGUUAAUCUGAAUGUGCAAACUAAUCCCUUACCUCAGCAUAUGGGAGCUUCAGCAAACAUGAUGCAUGGUUGUCCAGGAAAAUUUGCAGUCUUUGAGGUUAGGUUUAUCAGAGAAUCCUUAGUCAUAAUGCAUGUUAGUUUGACAAUGCUUGCCUUUGUUAAUCAUGAACACAAUUACACUGCUUGUAGAUUUUGCUUCAUAAAUUUGUGUGCAUGUCCUCUUGUACGCCAAGAUAUUCAGAAGUUGUUGGAUCAAAGGACUAUCAAGAUCACCUAUGAUACGAAUCAUGAUGAUGAUGAAGUUAAUAUUAUAGUACCUCAGUUCAAUGUUCCCAAUAUGGAGAUCAUUUACGACAACCAAAAGACUUUUGCUUCUCCUUUGAUUAUCAGUUUUCCUGGUCUGGUUCCUUAUAAAUAUGACAAGGCUAUACCAUACAAGUAUAACGCCACCAUGAUUGAAAAUGGAGUGGAGGUUCCUUUGCCUUCCAUUGUUAAUAUUGUUGAUGUGAGCAUAGUCACAAGAAGUAUGUGUGUGUAUGCCUUUACACCUCCCAGAAGAACUAAAGAUGUCGCUGUAGGGAAAACUCAGGUUGAGAUUCCAGUUGAGCAGGUUGGUCAGUCUAGUGGUACAAAUCAGAAGGUGGAUAAUGAUGAAGUGUUUAAAUUGAUAAAGAAAAAUGAGUAUAACAUGGUGGAGCAAUUGUUGCACACACCAUCAAAGAUAUUCAUGUUGUCCUUGUUAAUGAGCUCUGAGGCUCAUCGAAAAGCUUUGCAAAAGGUUUUAGAACAAGCAUAUGUAGAUCAUGACGUGAUUGUGGGUCAAUUUGACGAUAUUGUAGCUAACAUAACUGCCUGUAACAAUAUGAGUUUUUGUAAUGGAGAGCUCCCUGAAGAGGGUGGGAAUCAUAAUAUGGCGCUACAUAUUUCAAUGAACUGUGUGAGUUACAUUUUUUCCAGUGUGUUGCUAGAUAUUGGAUCGUCACUGAAUGUGAUGCCUAAAUCAACACUUUCUAGAUUAUCUUUUUAA